AUUGCUGACCCUGCAAACUGUGACCAAAUGUAUGAGAGUUUAGUCAGAAUCCACACCAAUUUCUAUAAAAACAAGUAUCCACGCCUAAAAGAUACGAGCUUCACUGGAGUGACAGUGGAAGAAUGCAAGCUGGUCCUAGCAACAGACAGCGGGAAACAGAUGGAGGAAAUGAAAAAAGGUAAAUGGAAAAAACUGCGAGAGAAGUUCUCUGCCAAGAAUGCUGAAGAGGACUCAAAGUUAUAACCUCUCUCCCCAGCCCCCCUCUGUACAUAUUCCUAAAGCACUGUAUAUUGCCGUGAUGAUUAAAGCCAUUCAUUCCUCUUAGCAAAAGCAUUCAGAA